AUGUGGUGCCAAUGGGUCAAGGCUUACUUGCUUAAAGGGAGGAGCUUUUGGACUGUUAGAACUCCUUGUGAUCCCUCAUGGGUCUGGAGGAAAAUCCUGUCUCUUAGGCAUUUAAUCUAUCCUCACAUCAAGUUCAAAAUUGGUAAUGGGGAUAAUGUGUUCCUGUGGUAUGACAAUUGGCACCCGCUUGGUUCGUUGUGGCAUAGGUUUGGUCCUAGAAUUCUUUAUGACACUAAUCUUCCUGACAGCACCAAGGUUAGCUCUAUAGUCUCUAAUAGUUCUUGGAAGUGGCCUAUCUCUAAUUCUUGGGAGAUAAAGGAGUGGAUCUCUUCUACCCCUUUAUCCUUACUUCCUUCCUUUGGCUCUUCUGAUACUCCGUUUUGGAAUUUGGCUGCUGAUGGUAACUUUUCUAUCCAGUCAGCUUGGGAUUGUUGGAGGGAUAAGGGCCCUAAAGUCACUUGGUCCAAACUUAUCUGGGGCCCCCCUUCAAUCCCUAGGGGAUGUUGUUUUUUUGUUUUGGCUCGUGCCUUUUGUGGAUACAGUGUCCAGGUUCUCUUGUUUGGUGCUACAGUAGCAGGAGAUUAUAGGAAUGGUGAACAGGUUGUUGGCUUUUGUUUUGUCCUCUGUAUAGCUGUGUUAGGUCCUGGGGUAUGCCUCUUGUAG